CAGCAAUAUAGGCCCAAAAUGAGAUGAUAAUUUAAAAGCCCGGCCCGUUCUGGCCUUAUUUUCACCACCCAAAAACCCUUCCAAAGCCCUCCUUCCUUCUCCUUCCUCGCUACCUCAUUUUCUCUGCAACUUUUACCAUUUUCUUCUUUUCCAUGAUUUUCCGACUUUUCUGAGGGAAAAAACAAACCGAAACCCGGAAAACCCAAAUGCUGCUCCGGAAGUUACAGUCAGUCAGGAUCCUCCACCACCAUAUCCGCCGCUUCAGCGCAGCUCCGCUUCUCCAAGAGGAUUUGGAGGCUCCAUCCACUACACCCCUCCAAUACCUACCCGGGUUUCCAACGCCUGACCCGAAAUAUGCAGUGACUAUCCACGCCAUCCCACGGGGCAGGAGUGGAAGAAUCACUAGCGCCAAAGAAAGAAAAGCCGGCAGGGUUCCGAGCAUAGUAUUCGAGCAGGAGGAUGGGCAGCACGGCGGGAAUAAGAGGCUCAUUUCCGUGCAGACUAAUCAGAUAAAGAAGCUUGUCAAUCAUAUGGGCCGGUCGUUCUUCCUCUCCAGGUUGUUUGAUCUUGAGGUCCGGCCGGAAUUUGAAUCGGAUGAAAUUAUUGAGAAAGUCCGGGUUUUGCCCAGAUUGCUUCAUUUGCAGACUGGGAAUGAUGCUGUGCUUAAUGUUACUUUCAUAAGAGCUCCACCGAGUGCUCUUUUAAAGGUUGAUGUUCCCCUAGUAUUCAGAGGCGAGGAUGUUUCUCCUGGUCUAAGAAAAGGGGCUUACUUGAACAUAAUCAAGAGGACCGUCAAAUACCUCUGCCCACCAGAUGUCAUCCCUCCUUUUAUAGAUGUUGAUUUGAGUGAGCUAGACGUCGGCCAAAAGCUUGUGAUGGCAGACCUUAAAGUACAUCCUGCUUUGAAGCUUGUAAAAAGCGGGGAUGAAGCUGUUUGCAAGAUUAUGGGAGCUCGAGUAUCUGAGCAGAAGAAGUCCAAGUAGACAUUUGCUCCUCCUACUUAGGCUUUCCUUUCAAUGAAUUUAGGGCUUAUAUACCCUGGGACCAUGUGUGUUUCAGUCAUUGUAAGCCAUGUGUAAUCGCUUCGAGUUCAUUAAUAUUGGAUAUUUAGUUUUGUAACAUUGAAUAGAGAGUUAUAGGGUGAUCAUGUCACAGAAUUUUGCAAAGGAGAAAGUGAUUUCGCAAUGUAAUUGGAGAUUGAUGAUGGUGAUAAUUGGGGCAAUCAACUUAAAUCCUUAAUAAAAAAUCAGAUUGAAGGUUCAAAGUUCAAAUCCUGGACAAUCCUAUCAGGGUCGGAGAUUUAACAGUAUCAUUGCUGCUCAUGUUCUGCUAGCAUAGCAAAUGGAUAAAGGGACCACCCUUGUUUCAUUUCCAUUUCUAUCUUCUUCAAUUUGCAACGUUGUCAAAGAGCAAUCAAUAAGGAAUUCUACUUUAAAUGUUUUAUCCAUC